AUGGUCUCUGAUCCCCAAAUUCAGGCCAGUCAAGGCAAUCAAAACCCUCCAAAUCCGAACCAAACUGCUGAUGUAGAUACUCAAACUCAAACAAACAAGAGCGGAUCAAGUCGACCGAACAAGGGCGGAUUGAAGAAGAAUAAAAAAAACAAUGAUAAAUUGACUACGGGCAAAAAAACUGGGGGUCAGCCGCCAGGUUCUCUGGGAUACAAUGUCGCAGAGUGUAUGUUGUUAGUUGAGGCCGUCAAAAGCGUUCUCCCGUUAGGAAAUCAAGACUGGCGUUCGGUAGCGGAUCAAUACAACACCAAAGUUCUUCUUCUUAACCGACCCAAACGAGAGGCCGACAACUUGAAGCAAAAGUUCAAGGGCCUUGCUCAAUCCCAAAAGCCCACUGGCAACGCAACCUGCCCAGAACAUAUUUGCGAGGCAAAACGUGUUGAUGCUCUUAUUCAUGAGAAGGCUAACGAGUGUGCCUUGGGGAGCCUCUCCAGUGGAGAUGAAAGGUAUUUGAUAUGCGCUGAUGUUCUUUCAAGCAAUGACGACGAUGUUGACGUGAAUGAAACCACUGGCAAGCUUGAGUCCAGUCAACAGGAAAGCACUGGUACACUGUUGUCUGGAUGGAGCCAAACUCAAUCGGCAAACCAGGAUUUGGGUGACUCUCCAAACCCAAGUCAAACCCAUUCAAUGCGCCGCCAAACAUAUCAAAGCCCUCUUGUUCAUUGGACCCACUCUCAGGCAAGCUCAGCUCGACCGUCCCCCAUGACGAGUGUCAAUCGAAGAUCCAGAGGCCAACCUGGCGAUCAGUUGGAGAGCAGGCUGAAUAGCUUCCUCGAUAUGGAUGCCCGGAAGGAGCAGGAUCGCAAGCAAUCCCUUGCGUCUUUCUAUUCAGCCCAACUCAUGAAGGCAAACGCAACCAUCCGAGAUUUGCAAUCUGAGCUAGCUUGA